AACCCCAGGGCCAAGUCAAGAGGGAUCUCAGUCACUACCUCCCCACCAGCCAGCUCAGCCAGGCACAGCUGAAGGGAGUAGGACAGAUUCUGGGAGCGAAGCGGGGAGGAGUCCUGGACCGGCUGAGCCGGGGGGAGCUGCUUGGCAGUGCCAGAGCCCAGGCCCCAGAGCCCUGCUGCAGAGGACGCCAUCCCAGGAGGCAGACCAGGGACAGCCGGGUGUGUGAGCCGCUACACCAUCCUCCAACUCCACUUGUCUGGACAACGCUCCAGAGAAGCAGCCUUCUUCCUCCAGCGACAUUGCUCUGAAGCAGAAGCCCUGAGGAGUGAGGCGGUGAGAUGGCAGACAGCUACACGGAGCUGGAGAAGGCGGUCGUGGUCCUGGUGGAAAACUUCUACAAAUAUGUGUCUAAGCACAGCCUGGUCAAAAACAAGAUCAGCAAGAGCAGCUUCCGGAAGAUGCUCCAGAAAGAGCUCAACCAUAUGCUGACGGAUACGGGGAACCGGAAGGCGGCAGACAAGCUCAUCCAGAACCUGGACGCCAACCAUGAUGGGCGUAUCAGCUUCGACGAGUACUGGACCUUGAUAGGUGGCAUCACCAGCCCCAUUGCCAACCUCAUCCGCCAACAGGAGCAGCAGAGCAGCAGCUAGAGGACCCCUUCCGGCACCCCUUCAUGGCACUGCCCGGCGCCCAGCCCUGGUGCUCUUCCCGGCUCCCCCCUGCCUCCUCCACCCCCCUGCCCCCACCCCUGCUUCUCCCUCCAGACCUUCUGCUGGCCCUUUGUGAGUGUCUCAGUCUGGGGGUGUCCCCUAAAGGACUUACUUCCUGGAGCCAGUUGGCUCUGGGGGCCCCUCUGUGAGUUUCCGUGCUGUCUGGGGACCCCACGGGAUUCCAUGUUCUGUCUGAUUCCUGGCCUCUCCUGACCUCUGGAGGUCAGCUUGCUGCUUGAGGUCUUCCUGCUGAGGUGGCAGCAGCAGCCCUUGCCCCCUCCUCUCAAGGCCUGUGCUGGGUGCAGGGGAUGCCUAGGGGUUCCCCUCAGCUGCCAGUGAGUCGGAGGACAGCUGAGCAGGCCUGGGCCUCCACUGUCCUGCUCACUGAGGCAAUGACUGCAUUUGGAAUGUGUACCCGUCCCACCCGGUCCAUCUGUGACGCUCAUUAAAGCCUUUCCACUCCCUGGAGCAUCCUCA